ACAGUAAACACAUACAGUAUACUAGUAGAAAAUACAACAGAAAACGUUGAUCGGGAUAUUCAAAGUGAUGGCGUCGCUUUCACCAGUGUCGCUAUCAACGUCUUCAUCGGAGAACUCAAUCGUCCCGUCAAUCCAUCGGAAAUUUUCUGUAUUACCUACCGUUAUUGUCCAUUCUUUUCCGAGCCAUACGAUAAAGAAAUCCAGAACACAAAUAAACUAUGUGGCGUAUGUUCAACCUCAUGAUGUCAACAGACCGCGAUCUUCCAUAAGGUCAACCUCUUUUAGUGUUGAAGGAACUGGAAGCACUACUUCACUUGACGAAGAAGUUAUAAUUGAUAUAUUUGGGUACUCACGGAAAAAAUUAACUGAAGAAGANGGGGGAGGGGAUUUUGUCACUGACGGAUUUUGUAUAGCUGAUUCUUUUCUAGAAGAAAACUGUGAAGAAAAAACGGAUGCAUUUCUCAAAAGGAUAUUCUAUCUUUAUGGAGGGUAUGACAACCGAGAAGGCAUGUCGAAGCUCAAUACUCUCAUGGAAGAAGUUGAGGGAAAGUUUGGAGCAAACAGAAUAUUUUACCUUUCUGUGCCUCAAGAAGCACUUAUCGACGUAGCAUCCUCUCUUGCUGAAAAGGCCCAAACCCAGAGGGGUUGGAAUCGUGUAAUAAUUGAAAAACCCUUUGGUCUGGGUUCGUUUUCUUCUCAUCAGUUGACUACCUCCCUUCUCUCAAACUUUGAGGAAAAGCAAUUAUACAGGAUAGAUCAUCUUUUGGGAAGGAAUACAAUUGAGAAUCUUGCGGUUCUAAGGUUCUCGAAUCUAGUAUUUAUGCCAUUAUGGAAUCGAAGUUACAUACACAACAUACAGGUCACUUUUUCUGAAGAGUUAGGCAUGCAGACCUCAGCAAGAUAUCCUAAAGGCUAUGGGAUUUUAGGAGAUGUUGUACACAGCCACAUCUUCCAGACAGUGGCCUUGCUUGCUAUGGAGCCGCCUGUCACCCUUGAUGGUGAAGAUGUUCGUUAUGAGAAAGUUAAGGUUUUGAAAUCAAUUCGAAAGUUGGAAUCAUCUGAUGUAAUUCUUGGGCAUAGCGAAGCUGAUUCCGGAAGUAACUUCAAGGAUAUGGAAAACCUUAUGCCCACAUAUUUUGGUGCUGCUUUACACAUUGAUAAUGCACGGUGGGACGGUGUGCCUUUUCUUAUUAAGGCUGGCUGGGGGCUAAAAAAGAACAGAGUUGAAAUUUGUAUACAAUUUCGGCGUGUUCCUGGAAACAUUUAUCAUAAAGACGGAGGAGGGCAUAUGCAAGAUCUUGUCACUAAUGAGCUGAUUCUGCGUGAUGUGCCUGAUGAGGCCAUACUCAUCAGAAUCAAUAACAAAAUUCCAGGAUUAGGCAUGAACUUGGAGGCUUCGGAAUUGAACUUGCUUUAUAAAGACAAGUACAAUGUUGAUGAAACUGAUUCGUAUGAACAACUUCUUCAUGAUGUAAUAGAUGGAGACAACCAUCUAUUUAUGAGAAGCGAUGAGGUUGAAGCUGCAUGGAACAUUUUAUCUCCAGUUUUAAGUGAGUUGGACAAUAAUAAUGCGACAAUUGAGCAUUACGAGUUUGGUAGCAAGGGUCCAGAUAAAGCCGGUAAUCUCUGGGCUAAACAUGGAGUCAAGUGGUUGGAUGAUUAGUGAAUUUCCUAUUAGGCCAUUACUCACAGUUAUACAUCAUACAAACACUGAAAUUCCUACAGAAGGAAUUAUUAGAAAUCCACUCUCCAUACUUGGUCUUCGUGAUCAUUGAUUGAGAUGGAAUCAUUGUGAGAAAAUUUGCACACUUGUUACAGAAAAAGUUAAAGAUUUUAGAUUAAUGAGAUUGAUGGCACUAGCUUUUGAAAGUUGGGUUGGUAUUGUUGGCGCCACUUGCUUGUUUGUUGUGGAUUCUGUUUACUUGAUGAGGGUAAUAUGUCAA